AUGUCCAAUUCUAGUGGCAUCAAACCUAUUGACAAGACAUCGAUUCACCGCAUUACCUCGGGACAGGUCGUUGUGGAUCUUCAGACCGCAGUUAAAGAGCUACUUGAAAACAGUAUCGAUGCCGGAUCUACCAAUGUUGAAAUUCGUUUCAAAAACUAUGGAUUGACUUCAGUAGAGGUGAUAGACAAUGGAUCAGGGAUAAAGGAGGAGGACCAUGACAGUAUAGCUCUUAAGCACCACACCUCCAAGCUCGAAACAUUCUCCGACCUCACAACUGUCCGUACUUUUGGCUUUCGAGGAGAAGCUCUUUCAUCGUUAUGCGCCUUGAGUGAAGAAAUGACAGUCUGCACAGCGACUUCGGCGACUGCGCCGCGGGGUGUAACGCUGACAAUGGAUACUGGCGGCAGAGUGAAAGCAAAGAGUAAGGUCGCGAGGACUCAAGGUACAGCCAUAUCUAUGACCAAUCUAUUCAAACCAUUGCCCGUUCGAAGGAAAGAGUUCGAGCGGAAUGUUAAACGGGAGUUUGGGAAAGCUCUGUCGCUUCUGAACGCGUAUGCACUGGGUCCAUGCGCAGAAGCUCCUGGAGUUCGGCUGACAGUAAGCAACCAACCAGACAAAGGAUCAAAAUCUGUUCAGAUCCGGACUUUGGGAGAAUCGUCUCGCCGUGCAUCCGUUACUGCUUUGUGGGGUCCACGAGCGUUGGAAAAUAUUGCGGAUCUGAAUCUUAAAUUUGAGGUAGAUCGGGAGCGAGCAAACGUGAAGCGACUUCAUAGCCAGGCUUUGGACGCUGAACCCAUCUCAGUACGGGUUGAGGGGUUGAUUUCAAAGUUUGCGCUCGGAUGUGGGCGUACAGGGACAGACAGACAAUUCUUUUAUAUCAACGGCCGUCCUUGCAACCUGAACAAAAUUCAAAAAGCGUUCAAUGAAGUGUAUCGAUCUUUUAAUGCAACUCAGAACCCCUUCAUCUUGGCUAAUUUUCUUAUACCCACUGACUCUUACGAUGUCAACGUCAGCCCAGAUAAGCGAACCAUCCUUUUACACAGCGAAGGCAGUCUCAUAACGGCGUUAAAAACUGCUUUGGAAGAAUGCUAUUCGUCUGGCAGAUCGACUUAUGCAGUUGGCGGGGGCGCUACACAAGGACCGUCGACAAAGUCGAUACAGACUUUACUUACCACCCAACCCACCAGACAAGAAAAAAUACUCCGUGAGAGAUUCAAGCGCAAGGACCUGUCUGAUGAACUUGACGACUCCCAAAACUCGAGUAGGCCAGUUUCACCAGCCCAAGAAGAUGACCUAGUCGAGAUGGCUUCAAACACCCAGAAGUCGGUAGCGGAAGAUAAUGAUGAUCUUGUUUCCGGUGAUUCUAAAGACACCCCCGAUGAUACCAUGGACGUCGACGAUGAGCCAGUAAUCAUUGACAGCUCCCAGACGAAAUGGGGCCGCCAAAUGUGUAUCUCGACCACUCGUUCGAAUACACUAUCUCCACCUCGUCCCAGACCAGAUCCAACAGAUUUAGACCCACUUCACAGUAUUUCGCCGUCAACUGGCGUAGACCGACGUCUUACAAGUUCGCCCCGGAUCCUGACUCUACCGAAGGCACAGCACGAAGAGCCAACGACGGAUUCGGACGACGGAGUAGGGUCUGGAUCAAUACGCGCACGUAAGAAGAGAAAGUCCGACAGAGGGCCAAUCACGAGCGUUCGGGCUGAGUCAUUGUAUGACGAGGAGAAAGAUGAGCGCCGGGCUGACGAUGAGGACAACCCGAAUGCUUCAGGUGAUGAUGAUCAUCGCGCUGGAUCUUCUACCGCAAACAAAGGGAGCAGGGGCGGCUACAAAGCGGGGUCUAAGAUUAAGAUCUCUGGGUCUGCGAGAAAGCCGGGUGUGAGCGCCAGUCAGACGUUGCUCAGUCAGCUGGCUGGAUUUGCUCGGACUGGAAGCCGGAUAUCUUCUUCGGCGUCUCAAGCUACUGCCGCUUCAAUAUCUGAAGAAGUGGAUGAGGAUGAAGGAAGACAGGAGGAUGAGGACGAGGUCGAAGACGUCGACGAAAACAAUGACGAAUCUUCCAAAUUAGAGGACGAAGUUGACGAAUUAGAGAACGACCACCACAGCGGUCAAGAAGCCGUUUCGCAUACAACUAUACGCGUUAACAAAACCGGCCCAAUUUUGAAAGAAAAAAUUUCGUCAAACAGGGAUGCCGCUGUUAACCAAUUGGUCGACCUCACGAUCGACAAAGAAGAUGCUGAACAAGCAGACGACGAUGUUGACGAAGAGGAGAAUUCUGUGUCUGUCCUCACUCAAGUUCUUCAAAGCACUUCUACUACACCAUCGACAAUUUCGACCAAAGACAUGCCAUCACAUCCCGAAGUUAUCAAAACCGAUAAUUACGGGCGCGAUAUAUUCAUGAAGAUUAACGUUGACAAGAUUAAGCGUGUCUGGUCGCAUAAGCUGGGGCAGGAUCAGCCUCAGGGCUCAUCUUCAAAUGACGUUGGAAGUGAAGCUGUGCCUACUAGCGUCCCCGCCGAUGCCGGAAUCGCAAAUGCUGACGACGACGCGAAAGCAGCGGACGCGCUUGCUCGGGUGAUCGAGAAGCAGGAUUUCGCGACCAUGGACAUCAUCGGCCAGUUUAACCUUGGCUUUAUCAUCGUUCGAAGACAAAAGCAACCAACCAUGGAAGGCGGUUCUCAGCCUUUGCAAAUUGCUGAUUAA